AUGGCGAGAUCCCCGUUUAGGUCUCUUGACCCGGCAGUCCGCCUCCCUCCGCGUCACUCGCGGGCUCACUCACGCUCUUCGCGCUCGACGUCUCGCUCCCCCGAACGAAGGGCCCAAUUCCUCUCCCAUCAGCUUGAUCCUCUCCUCUCCGACCUUUCUCCAGAGACGACGCUGCAAGUUCUCUCUGCAACCGAUGCAAUACCGAUAAACAAAGAUACUCCGCAUAGUGUUUUGGCCAAGAGCAUAUCCGACGUCUCAACCGUGGAUCGCGCAUUCGGCAUUCGAGCCGCCGUGGCUGCCCAGAAACUGAAUGAAUGGCAUACCGAGGUCCUCUCCUGGCUCUGGCCAGAAGACAGAGAUACAGAUAGAAGAAAUGGCUUUCUUCCGCCUGGGAACUGCCCGGAGAGCACCAGCGUUGGAAAUGCUGCAACUUCCGCUAUAUCAGAGACGGAAGCAUACUUUGGCUGUCUACCAGCGAGCAUUCUAAAAUUAUAUCAAACCCGGAUUAUGGAAAUAAAGGAUGGCAUGGAGGCCCUAGAGGUCGAGGAGCUCAAAGAACACGUUCUUACGGUUCACAUCGCUUCACGAUCCCGCCCACCAUCUGCUGCCAGUACCAUGUCGACAAAUUCACGCCUAGCUAGCUAUCUGAGGCUGAGUGAUUUCACCGCAGUGAUAACAGCAACAAUACUCCGGGCCCUCCCUGUGUUAUCUAAAUUGAAUAAUUUACUCAGCAAUUGGCAUUCUCGGCUCCUUGUCCUCGGCCAGGUCCCCGGGCUGCUCCGGGGCCUCCGGGAAACAAAACAGGCCAUUGAUAUUGCACUUCGCCGCCUGCAGGAGGGCAUGCUACCGGAACUUAAUAACCCCUUAUUCUCAAGGGAAUCAUUUAGAGCUAGCUGGAGAGAGCUGCAAAGUAUGGUCUCUUCACUCGGACGACGGAUAGAUGGAAUGCUCGACAUCCUUGAAGGAAGGGAAGAUUCCCUGCCGGACACAUGGAUUGAUGAGAUGGAAUCCAUCGAGGCUAGGUUUGCUACCUGGGCGUACGAGGCAGAAAGAAGAGCAGUGCAAAACGAACUGAGAUGUCUAUACCAACUUGAAGUCAACGAGUACAUUUCGCGGAAUGCUUCCAAAGAACCCAUGGAAGACACGUUAAAGGACUGCACUUCGGGGAAUGUUGCCGGAGACAUUUCUAAUACAGAUACUGCUCAAUUAUCUCCCUCGCACCCUGAAGUAAGGGUGGAAGAUCACACUUCCUGCCGUGGUGCAGCAUCUUCCAAUCUCCAGGCUUCUAUCCCACAAGCCAUGCAUGUCAUUCAGGAAAAUGAGGAAUCCCAAUCUCAAACGACAGUACCACCUGUUGUCCAUGCCUCUUCAACCGUAGAUACCCAGGAAUAUUCUACCUCCAAUUCACUUCCUAAGGAUCGUGAUCCUAUUAAGAUGGCAAAAGACACCUCCAUCAUAAUGCCCGAUAACUCCCGCCCGAUAACGCUGUCUCCCAGCACCCAAGCCGAGCUUUGUGACGACGCCGAAGUUGCCGGGAAUCCAAGUGAUGUUGGCACCGCUCUAUCCGAACCAUCACAUACUACCCAACUCCCUCUACAUGAUGGCACCGGUAGCGAAUACAUCGCUGUCAAGCUGAGAGAAACUAUUGUGACCGAGGAUGCAGAGAGCUCAACGUCAAACGAUCACAGGGACAUGUCGCCUGAUACCUCACCUGCCCCAAUUAUGCAGUUGGCCGGCCUACGAAAAAGACCCAGUAAACGCGAGAAACCCAUUCCUUCUAGACUACAACUGAUACCAUCAGGGUCAGACGCAACUAUCAAACAACGUGACUCGAUUAUCUCUAUUAACUCGUCCAGUGGCUCAAGUUUCGUGUCGAUCAGAGAUGAUGCUGACAUAAAGGCUGCACAAAUUGUGAAAUCUCCCAGGACUCCGGCUCAUGUCUCUCCUGACUUCAGCUCCAGUGGUUCGGUAAUACAUCAUACCCCAGAGGCGGCCAAGGACGGUGCUUCUCGACUUCCGAGCAGCGAAUCUUCGUCUCCUGAAGCCCAAACCCCGCCAUCCCUGCGGUUGUUUGGGAGAACCAUGAGUUUACCCUUGGCUCGUUAUAUCAAUGAUGAAUCCGGUUCCAUAUAUGGGCAGGAUAAUAUUUACCAUCCGAAUGACCAGCCCCAUGUCAGCAAUCCUUCUGUCGAAUCUUUGGAUGUAUCACCAAAAGGAAAGCCUCACGAUUCCGCCUUUGAUCGACGCGGAAGCUUAACCCCUGGUACUCCAGCGAAAUCUGAACUGCGAAGAUCAGUCUCGUCUGCCAGCAUUUCUUCCUCCCCUCGUUUGAAGGAAAAAUUAAGCCUUGGUCGACUAUCGAAUUACAUGCGAGUCCCUCAUUUACGGCGUAGCGCAAGCUCUGAGCCCCUCUAUCUUGAAAAAUCACCAAUAUCUAUUGGCUCUCCCGACACUAGUUUUGCGUCCACUCCUCUCAAGCCAAUCAACCUCCCUUCCAGAUUAAGCCCUCUCCCCCGUUCAUCAUCUCCGGAAACACCAAGCACCUGCACAGAAGGUGACUCUCCAGAACAUAUAUCGCCUCUCCUAAAACAAAGAUUCCACCCAGCCCUCAAAACCCCCGUCAAAUCUUCACAUGAUCAACUAGAUGACAGGAUACACUCCAUUUUGGACACUAUUCCUACCAAAAUCCGUUUAAAAUCUGCCGUUAGCGAAGACUCUGGUGAUCGCCCUAUGAACGAUAAUUUACGGGUCCCCAAAAAUUCAGGACGCACUCGACCAUCUUCUCCUACACCCUCUCGUUCCAGCACUCCUACGCCAUCUCUCACCCUAACUCCAGCAUUUGGACGCUCCAAGCGACCACGCAACAACCGUGGGCCAGAUGACGUCCGGCUAUACCAUCUCCAUAGAGGAGGUAAAGCGGCUCCCGUGAAACUUUUCGUGCGGCUAGUCGGAGAGACUGGCGAGAGAGUAAUGGUGCGCGUUGGUGGCGGCUGGGCAGACCUAGGAGAGUAUCUUCGCGAGUAUGCUAUGCACCACGGGCGAAGAGGUAUAAUAGACGGGCGAUUUGAGGUACAGGGUAUCCCCGUCGUCAAUGCUCAUCCUCGAUCUACCACCCCCACAAACGGCCGUACCACUCCCGUGCCUCCUUCGAGACCUGGUUCCGCCCUAGAUGUCCGCCCCGGGUCUUCACUACAAGUCCGCAAGCCACGACGCGCAACGGGCUCCGGUGCAGACCUACUGCCAAAUCUAACCGCCGCUAAUAUCCAAAGGCUGUCUGAAGAGGGUGUCAGCCCCGGUAACUCUUCCUUUCUAUCUUCACAGCGGCGCCCCUCAGUAUCAUCCGCUACAUCAACAAGUAUCACUUCAGCCAUAGGCGAUAAUUCGUUUAACACCACCCCAUCCCACCGCUCAUUUUCUACAGUCACAGGUGCAGCUCAUUCAACACCGCUUGGCCUAGCCGGCCCAAAACCACGAUCAAAACAACAUACCAUUAGCCCCGAGAGUGAGGCAUGGGUUGAAGAUGUCAUGGGUCAGGCGAGGAGAAGCUCGUCGACACUCAGGGCACAGCGAUCAAUGACCGCUAUACGCAGCAGUUCUGGGGUCCUUCGGCGAAUUCCAAGCGGAACUCUCAACGAACAGAGCCCUACUAAUAACAUCGCGAUGAGUAAAGUCCGGAACGAGAAUAAACUUCGAAGCGCGAGUGAUAUGGGGAGUGUAUCACUCAACAAACGCGUCUUUUUGCGUCGACUAGGCAAAGAAAAGGAAUAA